AGAAUGGGUUCAGAAUUUUUAGGAAAAAGAAUGGGCUCGGAAUUUUUGGGCAAGAGAUCGUAUGAAGAUGAUGACACAAUGGAUGAUUUACCUUACAAAAGAAUGGGCUCAGAAUUUUUGGGUAAACGAUUAGAUGAUAUCAGUGACGAAGAGCAAAGCCAGGAAGACUCUAUCUUCCAUUCCAAUCGUUCUCAAUCAUCUGAACAUCAGAAAAGAAUGGGGUCAGAAUUUCUUGGCAGAAAAAGGAGAGAUGUCGAAUUUGAACGGAAGUGGAAUUCUGGAGCGUAGGAAUGAGAAACAGCACAAGCAGCUGAAGCGAUGUGUAUUCUUUCUCGCUGAAAAAGAUCCAGAAGAUACCUACUCGCCAGAAUGGAUGUCGGAACGCAAUGAAAAGCGUCUAUCGGAAUUUUUAGGAGGACCAGGAAAAAGAGUAUCCGAAUUUCUGGGUGGACCUGGAAAGCGAAUGUCUGAAUUCCUUGGUGGACCCGGAAAACGUGUCUCAGAAUUCCUUGGAGGUCCUGGAAAGAGAGUUUCCGAAUUUCUAGGAGGUCCAGGAAAAAGACAUGCUGCUGGAAACGCCAUGCACGACGUCCUUCAAAAAAGAGUGUCCGAGUUCCUUGGGGGACCAGGGAAAAGAUCUGACUACUAUGAUUUUCUUGAAAACUCCGAUAGAAGAUAAUUCAUAAAUUUAAUGUUUUGAAAGCCUAUAGAAGAGUUUCUUUUGAGGUUUGCUUAGUGGAUAGCGAUUGGAUAACUUCUGGAUUUUUUGAUGCCAAGAUUUAUAUUUGUGUUUCCUUUUUCUUUGACUUGAACUUUAUCUGCCAGAAAAAAUAUGUUAAUGAAAAAAAUGUUAACAAAAUAUAUUGUUUUCCCUAAUGUUUGUAAUUAUAAAAAUACACAAUGGAAUAAAAAAUAUGCAAUGUGAAUAUCUGAAUGUUGUAUCGUGUUAUGUAAGAAAAUAUUUUAAAAUAUACAAAAAAAAAUCUUGUGGAUAUUCAACCUAUAAAUAAAAUUUUUC